AUGCAGGAAGUUCGGAAAGUAAAGACCAAAGCAAAGGACAAGAAAGUUAACAAAUUGUCUCGGAAAAAUAAAAUUAUCACCGAUAUAAAUGAGGCAAGUGAAGCUAAAAAGGAAGGAAGAAAGCAUAAACGAAAAGGCCAGCCAAAGAAAAUUGUUCCCGACUACACCAGAUUCAUUGAUGAUGAUGAAGAGACCACAUUAGAAUUCAGCAACCAGCUCAGCCCCUCCUUCAUCGCCACAUCCAGGUCAGACACCACCAAAGGGAGCGGGUCCAUGGAGCCUUCUCGUGGAGAUAAUAGCCACGUUAUGCCAGCUGGCAACUCCGAUUCAUGGGCCACAGCGGUGACCAUGAGAGAAUACCAGCCGGAGGAGGAGGAGGAGGAGGAGAGUGUCCAGGAUAGUGCAGCACAAAAUAAUUAUGUUGCUUGGGUUCAAUGCAGCAGGAAGGUAUGUGGGAAGUGGAGAAGGCUGAAAGACAAUGUGGAUCCAGCGACUCUGCCACAAGACUGGAUCUGCAGUCAGAAUCCAGACCCGCUGUUCAAUAUGUGUGACUUGCCAGAAGAAGCCUGGGAAGGAAGAGAAAAUGAUGUCAUUUAUGCUGAGUUGGUUCCUGGCUCCAUUGUGUGGGCCAAGCAGUUUGGAUAUCCAUGGUGGCCAGCGAUGGUGGAACAUGAUCCUCAGACUGGGAAAUACUUUAUGUUCACAAGUGACUCAGAUCAGUUUCCGUCAAAGUACCAUGUUACAUUUUUUGACAAUACUGUAAGCCAUGCUUGGAUUGCUGCAUCACACAUAAAGAAUUUCCAAGAACUUCCACAGGAGAAAAACAUAUCAAAACAUGACUUCAAAAAGAGAAUAAAUGCUGGAAAGAAGAUGGCGGAAGAAGCUCAGAGGGUGAAAGUACAGGAACGCCUUUCUCUGUUUGGAUUUGCUGUUCGAUACAAGAGAAAUGGAGGUGCUGAACUUUCCGAACAUAAUUCCAGUCAAGGAUCACUAGAAGCUCCUUGUAACAACAAGAAAACAAAAAGAUCCAAAUCCAAGAACGUUGAAGAUGAUUGGAAUGAGGAUAGUGCAGACAGGGUGCCUAUUGCGACUGGAAGUCAUCAGCAGAAAACCAGGAAGGAAGAAGGGAAGUAUCGAGUUUAUACGUUGAAAAAUCUGGAUGAUGUGCCAUGA